AUGUAAAUGGGCACAUUUUACGAAAAUGGGUAGAAAAGCAAAUAUGCAAAUCAGUAAUUAUAACAUGGUGCCUCUAUCUUGACGUGCGUCCAUUGUGCCAGAAAGACUACAUCGAAUCGAAAUCUCAGGAUAUAAUUCCGUGUAGUAAUGCGUAAGACUAAAAAAUGUAUCCAGAAUAAUGGUUCUUAACAAUUCAUUUGGAAUACCUUGUACUUCGAAAAUGCCAUUCAAUCGCCUUUCAGUUUUCUUGGCGAUUGCGCUACCAUUAGGUAUAGUUAUAAGUUGCCCAAAUACAGCUCAACAGACUAGCAGGUUGGAUAUUUGUUCUAAUGUUGGAUCAUACAUCAACGGAUCUGUCACCUCUGCUGAUGGCUGCUUCAGUGUUGUUGCUGAAAAUGACUGUAUGUAUGGAAUGACACAGUGGGAAGCUGCAGCAAUGUCAUUUGAACAAAAUUUUGGCUUUCACUUGAAUGCAUAUGAUGCUUAUGAUGUGAAUGGAAAUUUCCCAAGAUUUGCAUUGAACAUCACCAUUUCCAAAAAUUUACAUAAGCCAGUAUGGUUUAUGUAUGAAGAUUUUAUUAAGCCCCAUGAUGCCAAAUGUUUUACAUUAAUCAAACACAAUAACAAGUCAAAAUGUGAGGAUGUUUUGCCAAAUUAUGAUUGCCUUGUCAGAGAUUCUGCAAGUUCACUUAUGACAAGUGAUUCCUACACAACCAUUAGGAUUCUAGCUGAUGGAGAAAAAAUGCAGUAUAAAUUUAGAAAUUUAUAUGCUAGGAAUGUGGGUGAUGGGAUAAUAUUCUUCUACAGUCAGACAUCAAGAACGAACCACCUUGUAAUUACUUUCCAAGCUUUAGCUGGCAUAGAUAGCUAUAAAGUUACACUUUGCCAUAAGGGAAAAACUAUAUGCCCUAAGAACUUCAAAGUGAAUUUGUCGGAUGCUUCUACAUAUUUCGAAAGGUACACCAAUUUGGUAACUUUCCAAAUUUCGCAAGUGACAUUGGAAAAAGGGAACUAUGAACUUGUUAUCGACUGUGAAAACUUUUCAAGCCAUACGGCUGGCGCCAGUUGUUGCAACCAAAGUAGAAUCUUUGAAAUUUACAUUGCUCAUCAAUUUGGCACAGCGGAUAUCGCAACAAUAAUAGCCCUGACUCUCCUUUUCGCUUUCUGUAUCCUUGGCGCAAUGGUGCUGUAUCUUCGACAAAAAAUACUGGAACCAAUUCCCAAGGAUUUCAGAAUGCUGCUGGUUUUUGAUUCAGUUAGCAUCCAGCACACUCAAUAUGUGAAGGCGACACGAAUUUUCCUGCGUAAAUUGCUGGGCGUGGAGGUGCUGCUAGAUGUUGCCGAUAUGGAAAAUCAAGAACAGGGUUCUCCUUUUCAGUGGUAUAUUAUGGCCAUUGAACGAGCGGACUGCAUCGCUGUUGUUAUUCCUCAAAAAGCGGACUAUUCCGAGUGUCGUGGUUCGCCCUACCACAAAACCUUCCAAUUGUGCCUAAAUAUGCUUGCAUCUCACCAAGCAAAUACGCCAAUAGAUAAUAAGACUAAAGGCUCAAAUAGAUAUGUUACCCUUAUUCUUCCUGACUCAGACCCAGAACAAAUUCCUCCGUUUACGAAGUUUAUGGCUCGUUUCCAGAUCCCGUACGAUUAUUUUUUCCUGCGACAGCAUAUUCAGUCAAUCCGAAACCCAUUCCGUGUACGUUUGCCCAGAGGGUUCCCUCUUAAGCAAAAAUCCACAAACAAACUAUUUUCCACCAUUGUUGAACGCCUAGAUGUAACUGAAGAACACGUUUCACUUAUGCUAUGCGAUAAAGGAAGUCGUAACGAUCAAUCCAAUCACGAUUGCCAGUCAAAUCUGUUACCAGAAGAGCUAUUGGCAAUCCAGAAUCGAACCGAAGAACUGGAUGCAAUUUACGGAAAUAAUAUCCAAAGUGUAAGACAUUUAGCAGCAGUGAUAGGCCCCAACAAAUUUUAGAUUUCUACUUAGGUCUACUGCUAUGGAUGUAAUUGUUUUACGGUUCAUAAAAAUAUACAGUAUUAUCAUGUUUUUAGAA